GAUUGAUUGAUUGAUUGAUUAGUGUUGAUUAGUGUCUUUUCCGUGAUUGGUUGAUUGAUUGAUUAGUGUCAUGGCCUGAGUGCGAAAGGUCACGCACGCUGGCUGGUGCUUUCGUGCGUCUUAAGAGAGAUGCCUUUGUUCUCCGGAGGCGCCGUGAAGGACGGUGAUGUUCACGAGGAGGAUGACCAAGAAAGGGUCGUGAUGAAGACGAGGGAUAGGACAUUUAACCGGGAUCGGGAUCGGGAUGCGUCGUCAAGGGCGGUUGAUGAUGAUGAACAGAGCCACAAUUGUUGGGUAGGUGAUGAGUAUGAAGAGGAUCAUGAAAGUGAGGAAGAUGAUGAUGAUGAUGUUGUUGUGACAUCAGGUAAGGCAGAGGAGAAUGCUGGGAAGGGUUCAUCGCGAAAAGAGGACAAGGACACCGUGGAAGGAAGCGAGGAUGCAUCUGCAGGCACAGGGGAAUCCAAGAAGAAGAAAAAGAAGAAGAAGACAGGAGAGAAACCGGCAGGGGAUCGAAGUGCGAGUGGUGGACCUGAGCAGGAGGUGUCAAGUCCUGCUGGCGAACAGGUAGAGGAAACUUCGCAGGAAACUCCGAACAGUGUCACGGACAAGAAGGAGGUGCUGAAGAGGCUUGCGUCGUUGAAGAAAUCGAAAUCGAAGAAAGAGAAAGAUGAGGUGGCGGCCAAGGCAAAGCUGGCGGCAGCAGAAGCUGCGGCUAGGAGUGCAAAGAUGUCAAAGAAGAAGGACAAGACCCACUACAAUCAGCAACCUGUUAGAUAAAGUGAUAGCUAUGAUUGGCUGAAGAACUGCACAGGAGGAAGUCCGGGGAAGAAGGGUGGGGGUGGGGGGCAGGGGCAGGGGGGUUGGGAGGGACUCGGGGGGCAAGGGAGAGGGGAAUGUGGAGAGGCACAUCAUGCGAGCUGCGGCGGUGGGCCAUGAAGAUGUACACCAUGAGGGCUCUGGAGAACACAUGAGUGAGUGUCCUUAUCUCCCUGUUCUGCGUGAAUGAUGCAGGCAGGAUGGAUUGCAGUUGUGUUGGUCAUUCUUGUUUAUGAAUGAAGGAGGAUCGACUUGAAUUUUUUUUUUUGCAGGAGCAUGCGUUCCUCAAGUGGCAGCAGCAAAAUGUGUUGCAAAAAUGUAACGUUGAGAAUGGGUGAGAAGAGGAUUUGGGUAGAGAGAGUUGUAGGCCUCGUGCUGUUGCAUUUUGUCCAGGGGCGUGGUGGGGGGGGGCAGGGGGGGGGGGGAGAGAAUGCGGUGAAGUGGGCAACAAGUAGAUUGUGUGGGCAUCAUCAGGAGGGUAUAUAUAUAUAUAUACAUAUAUGUGAAUGGGUGUGAUAUACAGAUAGACAGGUAGUGUGGGUGGAAAUGGUGAGAGGAGUUCUUCUCUUGGCAUUCUUCAUGCUGAGGCAGAGACUGCUCAAGAAAGGAGCUCUUGAUGCUGAGAAAGGCUUGCUGUCAGUAAAAAGGCCCAACACCUGAAGCAGGUUCUCCUUUUGCAUGUGUGAGAAGACCUCUCAGUGCCAAUGGAUGUUUUGCCGUUGGUAAUUGAUGCUCAGAACUGUUGUAGCCCAAUUCACUGCAUUUGUUAUCGUAAUUUUGACUGUCACAGCGUGGAAAGCUUCCUGUUGUGUUCCACUGUAACAUGUUGAUCAAUG